AUGAUUAUUCGACUCAUAGGCGAUAACUGGAUACCAGAAGACAAGGUCCUUGUUAGUGUACGAGAAGACGAUGAAGUAAAAGCUUCACUCCCUAACAUAAUGAAAAAGCUUGCGAUAAAACGGAUGGAAGAAUACAAGCUAUAUCAUGUUAGAGAUGGAAGAAAGUGUGACUAUGAACGACCCAUCCAUCUUAAAUACACAUGGAAACAAUUUGGCUUCUCUACUGGGGGUCUUAUAUAUUUAAGUAAAAAAGAACCUCCUAUUGUAGAAAAGGUUUUGGAGACUGUUAAAAAGAAUGAAACUGUGCAAUACGAACAAGAUCAACAUAAAGACUUCACUCCGGAGUCUGACGCUGUAGGUACUUUUCCCAUAGUAGCUCAAGAUAUUGGAGAAAAUAAGAAUGAUAAUUUAGAUAGCUUUACUCAAUUGCCUCAUGGUUCUUCGUCUAAAGAAAAAAUUCCUUUGAAGUCUUCUUUUCUUCAGGUACCUUUACAUAAUCAAGAAGAUAAUCUUGUAUUACGACCAAAUUCAUCCGAAAAAGAGUUAAAAACGGAUAUACCCAUAUCUAAAUCUAGUAAUGAUUAUAUUUGUAGAGAUGAGGGAAACGACGUUUCUGCGUUGAGACCUGGUAAGUUUUUACUAGAAAGUGAUUCCAAUAUAGAGGGUAAAGAAGUUUUGCCUCUUCCUGUAUCAUUGAAUGUCGAUUAUCGUAGUUUUAAUAAUCCUAAAGUGACAACUUCACCUAUUUUGAAAGAACAUUCUGUGGGAGAAAUUGAUAAUGAUUUCUUUAUGCGUCGAUGUGAACGUACUGCUUAUGUGGUUUCACUGUAUGAGUUUGCACAUCUGGAGUCACAAAGACAGCAUCAACGAGCAGAAAAAUUGCUUAAUGACGUACAGAGACGUCCACCUCAUACGCCACCAGUGACAACUAAACCCUUGUACAGAAUAUGA